CUUCGGCGUAGCGCUGGCCUUCCUCUUCCUUCCCCCCUCUCCACUCAAAUGGCGAGUUCCCCACCAGCGCCGGAAGUGCGGGGCUUGCGGACGGCGCGUUCUUCCCCUUUGCUCUCCCGGUCGGUUUUUGCAGCAAUUGCUGCGAAGUCUCGCCCGGCGGCCGGAGGGGGACGGAAGGCGUUGCACCGCGUGGCUCGGUCACCUCCAGCCGGGCGACCCCUCCGCCGCUUCCUUUGCAAAGCUCAGGCUCGCUGGCAUGGUUUUCCUCACUGUCCCGCUUUGGCUCCGCAGCCGGGUGACCGAUCGCUUCUGGCGCAAGCAGCUGAUUCUCAAGCAUGCCCUGCAUUUUCGUGGACGGAAGAACCGUUGUUAUAGCUUGGCAUACCGAGCUGUUCGGAGGGCCUUUGUGUACGCCACCAAGGCCAGAUUGCUCAAAAAGAGAGAUAUGAGGACGCUUUGGAAAACCAGGAUCGAAGCAGCAACGUUGGAACAUGGUAUUAAGUACCAUAAUUUCAUAAGUGGCCUUUAUAAGUGUCAGGUGGAACUGAACCGGAAAUCGCUGGCUGAGCUGGCCAUUUAUGAACCAAAGACAUUCAAAUCUUUAGCUGCUUUGGCGAAAAGAAGAGGGGAAGAAGGACUGCUUGCAGCCCAGGGCGAAGCAAAGGAGCCCGAAGGAAUAUUUUCCCGCCUACUGAAAUAUCCAUGAAGGGAACGCGCUCCCAAGGAGCUUUGCUCAAAUUUUAAAAAAGGACAUUUUAGAAAUAAAAAUAUUGAUUUUUUUUUC